AUUGUCUUUGGCCUGGCAUCGGCUACCGCGAGUGCAUACUCAAUGUCGAGCAACAACUUCGGACUUGAUGCGAUGCCCGGCGCAGACAUUCAGCCCACCUCGGCGAGAGUUGCGGAUGCUAUGAGCAGCAAUGGAACUGGCAACAUCGUGUCAGUCCUAGCUCAGGUCGCAGCACCACACGCCCCGAAGCCCACCGGAGAGCCAAAUGCCCUGUCUGUCUUGCUUUCAGCAUUACCGAGCGAUGUCGUCUCAUCAUUUGCAUCGGAGUACCACGAUUUCACAAGCAUAAAUUUCCGGCCAGCGAGCACAGAACGACCAGAAACAUCGGAACCAGGCCAACCCACAUCAAGACCUUCGUCACGCCCCACAAAUUUUCAGACUUCUAUGCGUCCCUCUUCAAGGCCACACAUGACCUCAAUACCACCACUAUUCACCUCAAGACCUCCAACAACAUCGAUUCCUGUGACAUCUACUUCCACCAGCUCUUCUACGACACUGUCGACCAUGACACGAUCUAGCUCAACAACUUCCUCUAUCGCAGCAGCGACGUCUACAGCAGCUCCGACAGCAGCUCCAUCGCCGCAGCUGGCAAAUGCAUCUAUUGCUGGCAUUGCGACAGGCGUCGCUGCUGGUGCCGUUCUGACUCUCAUGGCAGCAUUCUUCCUUUGGAGACGUCGACAGCAAGGGAAGCCACCAUUCGCCCGAAAGUCUUCUCAGCGAUCAGCACCAGUGUAUCCCGAAGUAGCAUGGCUCUAUGACCCGACACCCUCUCCGCCACCUGAAGGCGAGAUGCAGGAUGGACACGCAUCCGAAAGAGCAUUGCUAAAUCCUCAGGGUGGAGCUGCAGAGAUGACUCCUCUGGCUUCGGCGCCGGGAACACCUGAGUUAAGGCCUGCUCGACCGGAGAGUCCUCUGCUACCUCCCGUGAUGCCAGCAGCUCGUCGCCGUUCUCCUGGUGCCUCGCCCAGCGGGUCCAAUCGCAGCAGCAUAGGCAGCUCGUCUGGAGGUCGUCGAUCAGGAAGGAGCUCGGCAGGAUCUGUGGGACGCAUGGUUCCAAUCUUCGAGGAGCCAAGAGUUUGAGCUAUAAGCAUAUCUGACAACAGCAUCGGCAAAGCAACGGCCUGUACUAUUUUGAUAGCGUUCUAGCAAGGAGUUCAGCGAUGACGGAAAGCCUGAAAGGAAUGGCAUGCAUUUGUUCGUGAGAUAUGGCGUUGAGGAUUUGUAUUGUCUAUCCUGGGACAAGGAUGAUACCCCAUCAGCAUUUGAAAUCAAUGACCAAAAUAGAUCAUAGAUCAUCGAUACCUUACGGCUGCCUUCAAUCUACAUGACU